AUGAAUAAUGAUAUUGAUAGUUCACAAUGUUAUCCAUUGGAACAAGAAUAUUAUUAUUCAAUGCAAUCAUUGAAUCUAACGGAAUGUCAAGAAGAUGAUCAUAUCUAUCCUAUUCGACGAGUUCAAUCUUGUCCAAUUUUGAACAAUGAACUAUACCGAAUCGAAUCUGAUGAUGAAUCUGAUAACGAUGAUGAUGAUGCUGAUUAUUAUCCUGUACAUCAUGUAAACUAUUACAUGGAACAUCAACAAAAAACAAAAUCGAAUCCAAUAAAAAUGAGUGAUAACCGUGAGAAAAUCUUUUAUAUACCGGAUGAUGAUUAUGAAGAUGAUCCGAGUAAUUUGGCUUAUUAUGAUGAUUCUAAUUUUUUCGAUGAUUAUGAGGCAUAUUGGGAUGUUGUCGAUGAUGAUGAUGAUGAUAAUGAAUUUGUCUACUACAACGGCGAUGAAAUGAACGAAUCGUUCGAAAUAAUCGAUACAAGCACAUUGGAUUUAAAUGAAAUCCAUAUUUUCCCGGAACAAGAAUCAAAUGAUGAUGAUGAUAAUGAGCAACAAGAAUACUUUCCCGUGCAUCAUGUUCUUAAUUCGCCCGAAAAUAUUGAUAACAACCAAGAAGAAUCGGAUGAGGAUGAUCAUUACCCAAUUCAUCAUGCAAAUCUAGAUGAAAAUAAUAAUAAUGAUGAAGAAUUGGAUCAAUCCGAUGACGACGAACAUUACCUGCCAAUGCGUCGUCAUAGCAUCUGA